ACAGAAAAAAAAGGUUGAUUAAGCAAAUAUAGUUAAGAGAGAAUAAUCCAAGAAAACAUAUACAAAGCAUGUAGGGUUAAGGGUCAAAUGAAUUUUCUAAUAAAUUAUGAAGGCAGAAUUCAAGAGGAAGAUUAAUUAAUAAAAAGAAUAUUAAAGUCCGAAGUUUGAAACGUUUUAUGGGUGCGUGACCAUAUCGGAGCAUAGACAAAUGAGGAAUGUUUUUGUACAGGUUGCAGAAUAUAGGAAUUAAUUCCCAAUACCCAAAAAUAGAAAAAUCUGUGCACUCUUUUAAUUUCUCAAUCCCCAACUAGUAAAAUGGCCAGCAGAUCUUGACCAUAUGAUUUAGAGUGAAUAUUUUUUGUUGUUAUUAUGGUCAUCCUACUGUAGCACUUAAUUUUUUUUUCUAAAAGAGUGAGAGAAGGUGUUUUUUGUUGUUUUGGUGGGGAGGAAAGAGUCUUUAGUGUUCUGUUGUGAUUUGUUUCUUUUAAGUCCCAAAUAUGCUGCUGGUCUUAUGGUCAUUAAAGAUUGAACUUUUCAUAAAAAGAUUCUUGAAAUUUUGAACGCUUAAUAUAUGGUUUGUCUGAGUGAGUGGGAGAGAUUACAUGGAUAUGGAAUUGAAAGAGUCUCCUUUUAUUGUGGGUCUGAUCAUUUAUUUCCCAAAAAAAGUGUCAUUUUUAUUUAUUUGAGAGAUUAGCUACCAUAAUGCAAUCGACAGAAAGAGUCUUGGUGAUCGGUAUCCAACCCAAUAUACAAAAAAGAGUCUUGGUGAUCUGUAUCCAACCCAAUAUACUAGAUUUCCAAAGCUUUUUCCUCUUUUCUUUGAUCUGGGGUUCCUCAGUUGCUCUUCUAAAGCAUAUUGAACUUGAUCAUGAACAGUGGCGGUGUGGCAUGAUUUGAACUUGAAAGUUGUUCACUUGAUCUUGGAUUUACUCGGUGAAUUUGUUCGAUAUUCGAUUUGUUGCUUUACAGAAUUACUCAAAUGGAAGAAGAUCAAGAUUUGAAGUACUUUUGCAAGUUGUGUGACAAGAAGUAUCCAUGUGGGAAGUCAUUUGGGGGUCACAUGAGGUCUCAUGUACUAGCAAAGGGAAAAGUUGAAUUUAAAGAGAAAAUGUUGCAAUCUUGGACUGAUGGUGAGAAGAACAAUAGCAAGAGAGAUAAUAGAACACAGUUUGAACUAAGUGAACAUUCUGGUUAUGGCCUUAGGGACAACCCCAAGAAAACUUGGAGGGCUUCCGAUACAAGCUCCCCUUUGCUGCCUCAAGAGAAUGUUUGCCAGCAAUGUGGUAAGGUGUUUCAAUCACUGAAAGCUUUGUGUGGCCACAUGGCGUGUCACUCGGGCAAAGACAGGGGGGGCUCGAAAGAUGAUAAGUCGUGGACUAGUGAAAACAAGAAUCUGUUGAUGGACAGCAACUCGGAUACUGAAGCUGAGGAGCCAAGGCUGAGGAGCAGAUCAGACACUAAAAGGUACAAUAGACUUGUAGCUAAGUCUUCCUCUUUUCGUUUGGUUAACUAUAGAAGUAUUUCCUCAUCUGUUUCUGAGAUUGAUGAGCAAGAUCAAGAGGAAGUAGCAAAGUGUUUGAUGAUGUUGUCUAUGGAUUCUGGGAUUUGGAAUGGUGUCAAUUCAGUCGUUGAGUCUUCUGACAACAAUUCUGUUAUUUUGGAGACAAAAUCAUUGUCUGUCGACAUGAAAGUAGCUAGAAAGGAUUGUCUAAAAUCGCCAUCUGUCGACAUGAAAGUAGCUAGAAAGCAUUGUCUAAAACCUGCUGAAAAUCUAGAUGAAACACAUCGAAGGUACAAAAAAAAGGUGGACAGAAACUUGAAACUUAAUGCUUUGAAUGGUGAAGCUCAAUCUGAGAACUCUGAUUCCGCGUACUUUUUAGGCGAAUAUAUGAAAGUUGAAUCAGAUGCAUCUGUUGAUAAGUUCCACAGAAAUGGUAAUUACCAAUGGAAUAUGUCUAAUAAGAGCCUUGGAGUUUGGUGCAAUGAGUCUAGAAGGGACACGGAAAUGGGAUUAAACAGAAAGACAAAGUACAUAAAAGAAAUAAGGAAUGAUUCAACCAAGGACCAUAAAUGUGUUAGCUAUGGAAUGGCUUCAAAUUUGGUUAAGAAUGAAACAAGAAAGAGAACUAAGGAUAGUUUGUAUGACACAGAAUUAGGAAAUGAGUCGUCAUUUAGGAAGAUAAAGCUUGGUUUUAAUGGUCCUGAAGGAUGCAAACAUACUCAGAAGAAGAAAAAGUAUGAGUGCUUCAACUGCAAAAAGACUUUUAGCUCUUACCAGGCUCUUGGUGGACACAGACCCUGCAACAAAAAAGCCAAUGCCUAUUUCGAAUCAAUAUAUGAAACCGAGGAAAAUGGAUGCGAUGCCGAUAAUUGUCCUAAUUACAAAGACAAGGGAAAGCAUAGGGAGACAUUUAGCAACAGAAAAUCGGCUGUUCAUGCUCAAGAUGUCUCAUACAAUCCUGAGAAGAAGAUUAAGCCUAAAAAAUUCAGAGGACACGAAUGCCCAUUCUGCAACAGGAUGUUUAAGUCUGGCCAAGCUUUAGGUGGCCACAAAAGGUCUCAUUUCCUUAUUGGUUCCAAGGAGAAUCACAAUCAAGCUUCAGCAGUCAGAGGAGAAUUUGCUGAUUUUCUUGAUCUUAACCUUCCUGCUCCUGUUGAAGACGUGAAUGGUGAUCCUGCCUUUGCGCGUUGGUAGUUUGUUAGAUAAGCUGAUUUUUGGUUAGGAGCAGUGCAAGAAUCUAUGGACAACAAGCAGGUCCGCAAGUCCGGUUUCUCACUUGUCAUCCCUGCAUUCUUUGUAAACAGUUGUAAGAGCCUUACAUCACUGCCACUUCUGGCAUGUUCUAUGAAUAUGCUUCAAGUUUUGCUA